ACGUCACGGGCAAACAGGAAACUCGGUUGUCUGGUCUUGCUCAUGAAGCCACAUCCGUGUAUUAAACACAACAGAAACCAGAGCUUUUUUAAAACAUUUAUCAACAUAAAAUAAGAAUUUGUUUAUCCUGUGAACGUAUGUGCUAUAUAUAGACCGAAGGGGGCAGUAGCGCGCCAUUGAUGCGUCUCGUCUGUCAUCAAAGAAGAAGAAGAAACCAAGACGCUGAGGAUUAUUACGUGAAGUUAUGACAGCUCUGUGUGGAAACGUUUGUCUUUCAGCUCUGGGUUGUUUGUCGUGUUUGUUUGUCGCGGUUUUAUCGGGACUUUCCUCCUCUGUGGACAAUAAUAUCGUGAGUCUGGACGGUAAAUGGAGUCUGUCAAACUCUAACGGUUCACUGUCGCUGUCGGCGGAGGUUCCCGGAUGUGUCCACUCAGCUCUGUUCAAACAGGGAUUCAUACAGGACCCAUAUUUUAGGUUCAAUGAUUUGUCAUAUCGAUGGAUUGCUUUUGAUAACUGGACGUACACGACCACGUUCAGUGUGAUGCAUCCACUGAGAACCAAACAGAAGGUCGUCCUGGUCUUCGAUGGCGUGGACACCGUCGCGUCCAUUUGGCUGAACGGAGUGAGCGUGGGACGCACAGACAACAUGUUCCGCAGAUACGACUUCACGGUCAGAGACUCGCUGAAGGACGGAGACAAUGUGCUGAGAGUUUGUCUCCAGUCUGCGGUUGUUUACGCUUCAGAAAGAAGCAAAGUUCACUCUGCCUACAGAGUUCCUCCUGAAUGUCCUCCAGACGUUCAGAAGGGACUUUGUCAUGUCAAUUUCAUCAGGAAAGAGCAGAGUUCUUUCAGUUGGGACUGGGGGCCUGCGUUUCCCACCAUGGGUCUGUGGAAAAGUGUUCGAGUGGAGGCGUUUGACGUCGUGCAGCUCCUCCACGUUUCCUCUGUUCCUCUGUACAAUUCCAGCCUGUCCGAGUGGAGACUCCAGGUGGAUCUGGUCGUUGAUGCAGUUCAGACGACCCGUGUCCAGAUCAGCGUCUCCGUCCCUGAGCUGGACUCAGAGCGGGACGUCCACACACAGUUUCUCUGUGGACAGACCACGCACACCGUUGUGUUACACAUCAACAAGAGCAGUGAGGUGAAGCUGUGGUGGCCUCACACACACGGGCAGCAGCCUUUUUAUCAGCUCAGUGUCUCAGUCUCGCAGGACAAGCUUCUCAUCCUGAACUCAAGGUCAAAGGUCUAUUUCCGUACCGUGGAGCUCGUCCAGGAGCCUGUCGUCCACUCUCCAGGCCUGAGCUUUUAUUUCCGCAUCAAUGGGAAACCAAUUUUCCUCAAGGGCUCCAACUGGAUCCCAGCUCAUGCCUUCCAGGACCAGAUCUCUCCUGCUGUUUUGAGGAACUUGUUGCAGUCGGCAGUCGACGCUAACAUGAAUGCCCUCAGGGUCUGGGGAGGCGGAGUUUAUGAGCAGGAUCUUUUCUACAGCAUCUGUGAUGAAGUGGGAAUCAUGGUCUGGCAGGACAUGAUGUUUGCGUGUGCCACGUAUCCCACUGACGACGACUUCAUUCACACAGUGAGAGAGGAGGUCGUCCAGCAGGUACAGCGGCUCAAGUCUCAUCCUUCUAUCAUAAUCUGGAGUGGAAACAAUGAAAAUGAAGCUGCGCUGGCAACAAACUGGUUUAACAUUCCAGCCGCUGAGAAGCCGCUGUACGCCAGAGACUAUGUGACGCUGUACGUGGACAACAUCAGGGAGGUCGUGCGAGCGGAAGACCAGAGUCGUCCCUUUAUUGUCUCUAGUCCAACAAACGGUGUAGAAUCAGAGCAGGAGGGAUGGCUUUCAGAGAAUCCUUACGAUCCUCACUACGGUGACACUCAUUUCUACAACUACGUCUCUGACUGCUGGGACUGGCGCACGUUUCCCCGCACACGCUUGGCCUCAGAAUACGGGUUCCAGUCCUGGCCUUCCUUCUCCACCCUGCAGCCGGUUUCCACAGAAGAAGACUGGAGCUACAGCAGCCACUUUGUUUCCCAUCGUCAGCAUCAUGAGAGCGGGAACGAGCAGAUGUUAGAGCAGGCAGCGUUACACUUUAACCUGCCCAACUCCACUGACCCGCUCACAGCAUUCACACACACUCUCUACAUCACACAGGUCAUGCAGGCUCAGUGUGUGAAGACUCAGACCGAGUUUUAUCGCCGCAGUCGGACCGAGAUCAUAGAGGGCAAAGGUCACACUAUGGGCGCUCUUUACUGGCAGCUCAAUGAUAUUUGGCAGGCGCCCUCCUGGUCAUCCAUCGAGUUCGGUGGGAAGUGGAAAAUGCUUCAUUAUUUUGCACAGACGUUCUUCGCCGCCGUGCUUCCUGUUGCCUUCGAAGAUGCAGACACACUGUUGAUCUACGCCGUCUCAGACCUGAGUCACGACCUGAAGCUCAGAGCUGUGGUGAGCGUUUACUCUUGGUCUCGUCUCCAGCCCGUGUGCACGCUGAAGUCUGACCCGCUCCUGGUCCCCGGAGGCGGCGCAGUGGCCAUUUUUAAACAGCCAGUCGCCGCCCUGCUGGCAGGAUGUGGGCACUGCACCCGCUUCACCUGCGUGCUAACGUUCCACCUGGAGGACAGCAGCAGUGGUGCGCAGCAGGGUCCGACCAACCACCACUUCCUUUCCUCCCCCAAAGACGCCGAGGGCCUUCAGAGACCCAACAUCACAGUCAAAGUGCAGCAGAACGCCGCCGGCAUCAGCGUCACCCUCCUCUCUGCCUGCGUGGCUCCAUUUGUUUGGCUCGAUGUGGGAAAAGUCCCCGGACGUUUCAGCUCUAACGGUUUCCUCAUGGUUUCCACAAACAUGACGCUCACUUUUGACGCGUGGCGUCCGACCAGCGCGGAGGAACUGUCGGCGUCGCUGACCGUCACGUCUUUAACUGACGUGUACUGAGCUCCACACACACACACACACACGUGAGUCUCUGUUUCCUGCUGCGUCAUCAUCACUUUAAUGUUUAAUCUUUACUUUGCUGGUUGUGAGCGUUUGAUUAACAGCUGAUGGUUUUAGACUCGCUGAGAGAACGCGACUCCAUGUUCUGACCUUAGUGGAACACAGUUACUAACACUAAUAAUAAUAAUAGUAAUAAAAUAUAAGAUAUUACUUUAUUAUAUAUUUGGGCUGUGGGAAGAUCCCGGAGAAAACCCACGUGCACAUGCGGCGAUCAUGUGACCUCCGUGCAGAUCAGAACGCGGGUCUUCUUGCUGCAAAACAAGGGUGCUAACCACUACACCACCAUGUGGCCUUGAGGGAAAAAUAAAAGUGUUAGUUUGACUGAUGAGCGAUCACUUACGGUAAAUCUACAGUCGUCCAUCGUUUUUCAGACAUGGAGUAAAAACGUUUUUUUUCUAAUUUAAGAAUGUGAAAAAACAGAUGAGCUGAGAUUGAUUAAUGAAUGGAUGAAUUGUUGCAGCCUUGCUUCUAUAAUAUGACUUUAACUAACAUUUCAUUAACACAGUUGAUCUUUAUUUCAUCAGGCAAUUCCAUCCACUGAGCGUCUUCUGCAGGACGUCCAGAACAAACACCCAGUUAUUGAUGUUAUAUCAAUAAAAUGAAACCUAAAGUGUGA